AUGUCAAAGGCAGGCGGCAAGGCCGCUGUAGCCACCAUUGUUAAGCUCAUGGUGCCUGCAGGAAAGGCUUCUGCACAGCCCCCUGUAGGACCGGCACUCGGUGCAAAAGGUGUCAAGGCUAUGGACUUUGCAAAAGAGUUCAACGCGCGCACAGCGGACCUGGAACCUGGGCUCUUGACACCGACAGUGGUCACGAUCCAGCCAGACCGCACAUUCAGCUUCAAAACACUAAGAGCUCGCAAACCCGGAGCGGAAGUCACGGGCACCAUCAGCAUUAAGCAUCUUUGCAAGGUGGUCGCCGGCAGUGCUCGCAGUCUUGGUAUCAAGAUUGUCCGCUAA